UGUCAGAUAGAGAAAAAAAAGCUGAGACGCCAUUCAUUCAAACUCAAUAAUACGUCCAUAAUUGGCGUCACUUCUUUUGGCCUUUUUUAAUCUCUUUUGACCCACCCAUCAAAACUUUCUCCGAUCCCCACUUUGUUUCUUCAUCAUUCCUUCACUUUUCUCCCUCGUUUUCCUUGCUUUCCAAACAACAAGAAAACUAGACUUUUUUGGGCAAUCACAACAAUUAGAAGGUUGUAAUUAUUUGAUUGCCAAGGACUUAACAAGCUUGUUUUGGGGUAAGAGGGCAUUGAUUCAGUCUGUUUUAGAAUAUAUUCUAACAGAACGUUAGCUGUACUAAAAAACCCAUCUUUCUUGCUUAGCUGUUUCUUAGAUUCUUGAGCAACUUUCAGUGUUUUACAGAGCACAAUUACAAAGAGCAGGUUAUAUGAGAAAAGUGUAAUUUUUUUUUUCUUUUGGUCAUAUUGUAUUGAAGAAAUGAACAAGUUUCAAGAAUUGGGUCAAUCUUGAAUUUUGCUGAAACUAUUUGGUAGUGUGUUUUUCUGAUAGUUUUUUAGUUUAAAGGCUACAUAGUAGAGUUGUUAUUGAAGAAUAUUUAUUAUCUUGGUUGUGCAAGAAAAGAAAAGAUGGGUUCUUUUCCUGGGCAUGUUCUACCUGGAACACUGUUUCUUGUGGUUGGUGUGUGGCAUAUAUGGUGUGCUCUGGUUAGAUAUUCAUCAAAUCCCAAGUCAUUCAGGGUAAGGGUUUGGAACCCUGUUCCAGGUUUUGAUGGGAAGCUGAAAUAUUUGGAACUUUAUGUUAUAGCUAUUGGAGGUUUUAUUGAUUUUUGUAUUGAGCUCUUCUAUUCAACCCACCUCAGACUUUUUGUUCAUGGGGUUUUGAAUCCUACUCAUAUGAAUAACUUUGAGCAUGCUGGGAUGCUUCUCAUGUUCUUCGUCUUCGGUUUGAUUGUGCUCCUUUCUGAGAAAACCAGUUUUCUUCCCUUGCCUGAUGGAGCUCUCUGCUUGAUCGCGGCCACAGCUUUCUGUGCAGAGUAUUUCCUGUUCUAUUUCCACUCCACAACCCACAAAGGCCUUGAAGGGUACUAUCACCUUAUCCUUGUCCUCCUCAUAGGCCUCUGUGUAUUGUCAACUAUCGCUGGAGCUCUUAUGCCAACCAGCUUCCCUGUUGACUUGGUUAGCGGCAUUUCUGUAACACUUCAAGGCCUUUGGUUCUAUCAAACUGCAUUCACUCUGUAUGGUCCCAUGAUGCCAGACGGUUGCCAACUUAAGGGGAACGACAUCAUAUGCCGUUCAGCAGAUAGUGAGGUUCGGGGCGAGUUGCUAGCAAACUUUCAACUUUUCUCCAUGGUGUUUGUUGUCCUUGCUGCUACUGCAGGAGCUUAUGGUUUUGCAGCUUCCGGGACUGGUCAUUCAGAAAUUAGGAAUUCACAUGCGCCUCUUGAUGGUUAGGAAAAUCUACAGUAUGAUAACCAUUUUUGUACCAUAUUCUUUUUGGUAGGGAAAGGCCUUGAAUGAACAUUUUCAGAUGUUGCUCUUAAAUUAUUCAUUUGCCUUGCCUAAGUGUAAAUUUGACAUUGAAAAGUAGACUAUCCGUGGGUUGCUACUGAUUUAAGUUAGUUGCUGAUAACGAUGGACUAAGCACAAAAUAAUUUGAUGGUAAUUGCAGA